UGACCUCCGCAGUUUGCCGUGACGCAAGUAGACAGUAAUAAAAACAGAUGACAUCAAGAAACAGCAACGAUGUUGAACGUAUAUAUUUUAAUACACCUUAAAUUGACGUGACUUUUGCACUGGCUGUUCGUCGCCAGUGUGAGCAUUAUGGGUGAUAUUGGGUUUUGGGUUGAUAGGACCGCAUUGCAUGAAGCGGCAAGCCAAGGCCAUGUUCUCCAGCUGAAGGAGCUGAUUGAAAACGGAGCCUAUGUCAAUGUUGUUACUGUUGAUUCAAUAACCCCCCUUCAUGAAGCCAGUCUCCGGGGCCAGACUCAAUGUGUGAAGUUGUUACUAGCAGCAGGAGCGCAGGUUGAUGCAAGGAACAUUGAUGGUAGCACUCCUCUGUGCGAUGCCUGUGCUGCUGGGAGCAUAGAAUGUGCUAAGGUGCUCUUAGAACAUGGGGCCAAUGUAAAUCCCCCUUUGUUCACGGCUACACCUUUGCACGAAGCCUGCAUGAGUGGUAAUGCCGAAUGUGUAAGGCUUAUGAUAUUACAAGGUGCAAGACUUGAAGCACAUGACUGUCAUUUUGGGACCCCCUUGCAUGUUGCCUGUGCCAGGGAACACAUUGACUGUGUCAAGGUUUUGUUAAAUGCAGGUGCAAAAGUAAAUGCAGCAAAGUUGCAUGAAACAGCACUCCACCAUGCUGCAAAAGUAAAGAACGUGGAUUUAAUAGAAUUGCUAGUUCAGUUUGGUGGGAAUGUCUAUGCCCGGGAUAAUCAAGGGAAAAAGCCAGUUGACUACACCAGAUCGGGUACUCCAGCUUCACUCUGUCUACAGUUUUAUGAAAGCACCCCUUUAAGUCUGCAGCAGCUGUGCAGAGUCAAUUUGAGAAAUUUUCUUGGAAUACAGGCGCUAGAAGUGGUGUCGUGUCUCAACAUACCUCAGAGAAUAAUUGACUUCCUUUCUUACUGUUGAACAUCAGAAAAUUACUUCAAGAUCAAUAUGCAUCUCGGACAGUAAAAAUCAUACUUGAAUUAGGUUGUAAGUAAGUAAAUACCAGCAUUCACAAAUCUCCAUUUCACAACCUGUGAAAAGUGUGUAAAACUGAGUUAGGAGAAAGUAUCUGCAUUGAAAGUGCUCGUAUGUGAUAUUUUAAAACUGUAAUAAUUUCUGUUAACAAACAAUUGUGGUUUCAUUGUGCUAUACUGUAUUCUAAAAAACAAUACAAAGGAUGACGUCUUGAAGAAUGGGAAAAAUUUUUGAUGGGGCACAGAGCCUAGCAUGGUCCGCCUGUCUCUUUUUUUCAAAUUUGACCGAUAAACAUCCACAUAGAAAACUCAAAGAGCUUUUUUCAGUAGAAAAAAGGCUCCCUUAAAACAUUUUGAACAUUAUGUCCUUUUUUUUGUACUAUAGCCUCAGCUAUUUAUCUAACUUUAAGCAAUAAUGGUCUACAUUUUUGCACUUCAUCUUUAGUCAGUAGUCACUAAUUACAAACAGUUUUAUGUUAGUAAGAUGAAAUCACUAUUUGCUUCCAGAUUCCACAGCACUAAUGCAUACCUCAUGGACUGAGCAUGUUGGGAUCAUAAAUCUCCAACUUUGCAUGCAUGUUUUUUAAAUAUUAUAUUAGUGGUGAAUGCCUCAUCUAAACAGCAGGGAUUACUGGUGGUUAGAAAGGGUUUGAAGGUGAUACAAUUAUUUAUUUCUUUUGAAAUUAUGCUUUCAGUAAUCAGGCUGCAUCAGGAAUAAAGGCAAAUAGUUCUGGGCCUAAAUCAUGUGCAGAUGUCUGGCAGCCAGUUCUGCACCUGCCUGUUUUAAGUGCCAUAUUAAUUUCUUUCCAUCAGAAUAUUUAACAUGCAAGUUUCUUGAAAAGAAAGGCCCCCACUAAAUUAAAAGGCUUAAGGAGCAUUUAAACACAAGAAUACUGAGCCUUAUCAAACAUUACUACAAUUUAAUAGUCAUUUUCUAAAUUCAAAAUAUUACCUUUUUCUUGUACGAUUUUAUUAACAUUGCUUGCUCAAGUCAUCUAUAUGAAUUUUAUAGUAGUCUGUUCUAAAUAAAUGAUUAAGUGUCACAUAAUGAUGUUAAAUUCUUUUUUACCUACUGUUUCCCAGCACAAAAAUGUAUAGACUAUUUCUAUCAUUGUAUCACUAGCCAUCAGUGGUGAAACAUGAUGAAUGAUAUGAUAGAAAUCUGUUUUGGUUGAUAGAAAUCAUAGAAAUCUGAGUUUGUUAAGCAGUUAUUUUUUAAUUUCCACCAUGUUAUUAUUGAGGAAAAACAAAUGCAGUCAUCUAUCCAUUUCCUGUGACUUCAUAUUCCAGUGAAGGGUUAAAAAGAUUUGGAGCCUGUUUGAUGGCAGAGGGUGCAAGGCAGGGACCAUCCCCAGAGUGUCUGGCACCCUCAUGCACACACCCACGCACAUCAACAAUGUGGACGUCCUAGUCAACCAAAAGUGCAUGUCUUUGUAGUACAGAAAGUAAACCUUCACAAUUCUUAGAAGAACGUGCAGCUAGACAGUGGUUGGGUUUGGAACUGAAGCUUUGAGACUGCGGCAUCACCCUGUCACGCAACAAUAAGUGGACUUUCUAUGUAUGUUUCUGUUUCUGUAACUGGAUGCAUGUUUUACCAUGGUAUGUGGACUGUAAUCUUUUUGAUUGCACCGUAAAGGUAUUUAUGAUAGUACUCAUUGUAUAAGGACCUACUUACAAUAAAGAAUAAUUUAUUGAAUUA